GGAAAAUGACAGCUCUAGAUGGUCUAAAUGCAAGGCACGGAAGUAAAACAAACAGACUUUGAAUAUUAAAUCUGGAUUUCAGUGUCAAACAUACAGCCUUUUAUUUCCUUAUCUGAAAGUAGGCAUUCCGGUUGCCUGGAAACAGAAGUAAACAGAAGUGUCUCUUGGUGACAGAGAACUAAGAUUUGUGGAGCCUAUCUGCUGCUGCUGUUCAUGGGAAAUGAAGAAAAAAAUCAAUCUUCUAGAGCUUUCAUCCUUUGAUUUCCACCCAAAACAAACUACCAUAGUUCAUCCAAGAAGACUCCCAUCAGUUCUGUAGUCCUAAGAAACUGGAUUACUUCUCCCAGAGGAUUUGAAUAUGCCUGUAACUGAAGAUUAAUGGAAUUAUGUUACAUAGCAUUGAUAUGCUUUGACCAUCUUAAAGAAAGAAAUGUGUAUACAGCACUCUGUUUCCAAGUUCUGCCAUCAGUCAUGGAAAUGGAAUGUUGACCUCAAGUCAUCGCCUGGGAAACAGUGAUGCUAGUUCUAAGCAUCUUUCAGAGUUGAACAACAGCCUGAUCCUUUAAACACAAAUCUGUGCACCUUCUGUAUGGUUGAGAGAAUUACCUCACCUUAAGGCCGUGAUAAUACUUCAAAUAAAGAUGUCAACAGAGAACACUACGGAGCUGGUUAAACACCCUGACAAGGGUCAGAGUCAGUCUUUCCUGCCUGCGAUUCCUCAUGUUUCUGGAAGCAGAGUGAAUUCCCUUGAAGACCGGCUGUCCAGUCAGGAGAGGACCACUGCUGUUCUUCUGGAUCAGGCCUUUCGGAUCAAAGAUGGCAUUGUUUCUUACCUUCAGGGAAAUAAAGGCUUUUAUCAAGGGGAGACAAAAGCACGCCAGCUACUGGAGAACCAUAUACAGACUAUCACAAGCAUAGUUAAAAAGCUGAGCCAUGACAUAGAGGUGUUGGACAGGCAAAUAAAAUCAAGAGAUGAUGCAACAACAGGAGCUAACUUUGCCAUGCAGAGUCUGGACCAUAAACAUCUGCAGGGUGUUGGAGAUCUACGUGGGAGAGUGGCUAGAUGUGAUGCCAGCAUUGCAAAACUCUCUGGAGAUAUAAAUAUCAUCCGGCAUGAGAUCUCAAAACUAGAGAGACAAAUUUAUACUAUCCAGUCUACAUUAGAGAAUCAUGCUAAUAAUGCAGAGAUGAAGGUAAUGCAGCUUUUAGGCAAGAUAGAGACUUCAAACUCUGAGCAAAACUCAAAUUUAAAGGCAGUACAAGGAAAUCAACACCAUGAACUGCAGCUUCUGGAUCUCAAGGUAAAUGGUAUUUUAAAUGACUUUAAAGAUCAAAUUCAAAAUCAAUGGAAAUGGACAGAAAAUGAAGUGAGGAGAUCUGAACAAGAGCAAACCUACCUCACAAAUCAGUUUCUUGGCACAAUGAAAGAAAGACUGGAAACAGUGGAAAAGAAAAUGGAAGAUGGUUUUUAUUUCCUCUCCAAAAAGAUAGAAUGCACAGAUAGAACAGAGCAAUUUGAUGUAGAGUUGAACCAGGUGAAAAAUGAUCAAAACAAGCUUCAUGCAAGGAUUACUAGACUUGAAAAACUGAUGUGGAAUGAGCUGGAGGAAAUCCAGAGUGAAUAUAGAUCAGGAUUUCAGUCAAUACGUGACUCUCUUAACGCACUUAAGCAAAUACAGACAACAAAGCUGAAGCUUGAAGAAGAAAAGUUCAAACAAGACAUGAAGAAGAUACAACGGAAGAUAACUGAACUUCAAGAAGACUAACACAAUUUUUCAAAAAAGUAUUUGUAGUUGGCCCAUCUAGGGAAAGUUGCAAGAGGCUGGGGAAAAAAAACUCGACAAUCCUGCUAUAC